AUGGACAGCGCCGCCCCGAACUCCUCCGCCGCCGCCGCAUCCGCAGCGGCGGCCGCUUCCGGUAACGGCGUACAAGGUGGCGCGGGCGGCGACCGUCCCGAGGACGCCUCGAAGCAGAACCUGGCGCAGGUGACGGGCUCGAUCCAGAAGACCCUGGGCCUGCUCCACCAGCUCAACCUCAACGUCUCCUCCUUCAGCUCCGCGUCCCAGCUCCCCCUCCUCCAGCGCCUGAACGCGCUCGUGGCGGAGCUCGACACGAUGCAGAAGCUCGCCGACGGGUGCAACAUCCAGGUGCCCAUGGAGGUCGUCAAUUUGAUUGACGACGGGAAGAACCCCGAUGAGUUCACCAGGGACGUGCUCAACAGCUGCAUCGCCAAGAACCAGAUUACCAAGGGCAAGACUGACGCUUUCAAGAGUCUGAGGAAGCAUCUUCUUGAGGAGCUUGAAGAAGCUUUUCCUGAAGACGUUGAAGCAUACAGGCAGAUACGUGCUACUUCUGCUGCUGAAUCAAAACGGCUGGCUCAGUCCCAAAGUGUUUUGCCUAAUGGAGAUUCCAAA